ACCACUGAAGCAAAGGUACUAAUUGACUCAGGAGCAGAAAGACUUCUCAUCAAUAAACAAUUCUGCCAAGAACAAAAAAUACCACUUCAAAAGAUCAACAGACUCAUCCCAGUAUUUAAUAUGGAUGGUACUGCCAAUAAGGGAGGAAAGAUCACAGACAAAGCAUGCCUAUUGACAAGAAUGACGAACGAUAAAGGAAACUACCACAAUGAGCAAUGUGAACUCCUAGUCACCAACCUAGGAGGAGAGGACAUCAUUUUGGGAAUGGACUGGCUACAUGAACAUAACCCACAGAUUGAUUGG